UCGGCCAUGUCCGCGGAUGUCUCCGCGUCGGAGUCCGGGUCGGAGUCCGGGCCGGAGUCCGGGCCGGAGCCGGAGCCGGGACCGAAGCCCGCACCGGAGCCGAGGCCGGGGCCGGGACCGAAGCCCGGACCGGAGUCCCGGCCGGAGCCAGGGCCGGGACCGGAGCCCAGACCGGAGUCCCGGCCGGAGCCGGGGCCGGGACCCGGACUGAGGAGGGGACCGAGGCAGGGGUCCGAGCCGAGCCAGUUGUGCCCCGAGCACUUCGAGCCUCUGAGCUGGUUCUGCCUCUCGGAGCGACGGCCGGUAUGCGCCACCUGCGCCGGGUUUGGCGGUCGCUGUCACCGGCACCGCAUCCGCCGGGCGGAGGAGCACGCGGAGGAGCUGAGAAACAAGAUUGUGGACCAGUGUGAGAGGCUGCAGUUACAGAGUGCUGGCAUCACCAAGUAUAUGGCUGAGGUCCUGCAGGGGAAGAACCAGAAAGCAGUGUUCAUGGCUAGUGCAGCGAGGGACCUGAUCAUCCAGAGGCUGAGUCUGGUGCGGAGCCUGUGUGAGAGUGAGGAACAGCGGUUACUGGAGCAGGUGCACGGCGAAGAGGAGCGGGCCCACCAGAGUAUCCUGACUCAGCGGGCACACUGGGUGGACGCAGUCCAGAAACUGGACACCCUCCGCACCAACAUGGUGGACAUGAUCACCCACCUGGAUGACCUCCAGCUGAUUCAGAGGGAACAGGAGAUUUUUGAGAGGGCCGAGGAAGCAGAAGGCAUUUUGGAUCCCCAGGAUUCGGAGAAAUUAAGCUUUAAUGAGAGGUGUGCUUGGAGCCCACUACUGACGCAACUGUGGGCAGCAUCGGUUCUCGGCUCUCUCUCAGGUGUGGAGGAGGUGCUUAUCGAUGAGAGGACUGUCAGCCCCUUAUUACAUCUGUCUGAAGAUCGAAGGACCCUGACCUUCAUUGCCAAGAAGUCCAAGGUCUGCUCAGAUGACCCAGAGCGCUUUGACCACUGGCCCAAUGCCCUGGCUGCCACUGCCUUCCACACUGGACUCCAUGCCUGGAUAGUGAACGUUAAACACAGUUGCGCUUAUAAAGUGGGUGUGGCCUCAGAUCAGCUGCCCCGAAAGGGCUCUGGCAAUGACUGCCGUCUGGGUCACAAUGCCUUCUCCUGGGUCUUCUCCCGCUAUGAUCAAGAGUUCUGUUUCUCACACAAUGGGUACCAUGAGCCUCUGCCACUACUUCGGUGCCCAGCACAGCUGGGCAUGCUGCUGGACCUGCAGGCAGGAGAGCUGGUCUUCUACGAGCCUGCCUCAGGGACGGUGCUUUAUAUCCACCGUGCGUCCUUCCCUCAGAUUCUCUUCCCAGUCUUUGCUGUGGCCGACCAGCUCAUCUCCAUCGUUCGCGGACCUCUGGCCACAGUGAGACUAGAUCCACCUCCCCAUCACCCUCGCAGGUCAGGCCAUGCUUCUAGGUAGUAUCCUUUUCCUCAAUGAUGUGAGUGUUCCCCGGGGCAACUUCUAGAUCACUGGGGAUCUGCUUCAGACUCAGACAUAACCUUUCAAUGUUUCAUCUGUGGGGAUCCUGUUUCUUUUCUCUUGGCCUUAGUCUCCCAAACCCACCAUGCUUGUGCCCUUUCAAAGGUCUCAUUAACCUGUGCCUCUGGCAUCCAACCUUGUACCUUGUGCAUGGCUGGUAUAUAACAAGGUGCAAUGGGGCACAUGGCUGGGCAGGCAGGUAACUGGAGAAGCACUGCAGUCCCUCAAAGUGCCUUGCUGCAGAGAAGCUUGGACUGAACCUUCCCUAGCCUCUCAGUCCAGUAGUUCUUGAUCUCUUGCAUCAUACACCAUGUGAAGAGAAUAUUUUUCUAGCAUACGAAGGACAACCUGCCAGGCUACUCUUGGCCAGAACACCGUCGUGGGAGUGUGGUGGCCUCCUCCCACAUUCUGUCUCCAGGAAACCUGCUUGCAGCACACUUGUUGGCAUCUGUCCCAGGCCCUGAGGCUGAGCUCUAGCAUGGACCUACGUGUGAGAACGGUGACAAACAUUCCCCCUCACUGUGCUGCUGAACACCCCAUUUCAUGACUCUUAGGGUGGAGAGCAGCAAGCAAGAAAAGCUGAGGGCAAAGGAGAGCUAGCCUUAAUAAAUGAAUGUGCACAUUAUUAAAGGUU